AUGAGGAGAUACAUACUUCGAAAAGUUAUAAUUAAUUACAAAAGUGUAAAAAACUGGGACAGGUGUAAAAGAGGAUUUGCUAACAAGGUUCUGUUAAAUAAUGGAAUGAUACACAAUUAUAAUGGGUUCCAUAUAGGUGGUAACAAUUUGUUUAUAAAAGGCGAAGGAAAAUCUGCUUAUUUUUUUUCAACAGAGAAAAAUGAAUUGAGUUCAUUUAGUAAGGAACAAAUUGAAGAAAAGGUUUUGACAGUGUUAAAAAAAUACCUGCCACCCAAUGUUGAAAUUAAUUAUAAUGAAGAAUUGGAAAAAUACAAAACGAAAGAUAAUAGAGCUUGGGACUUUUUGGAUACUGUCGAAUUUUUAAUAGAUAUCGAAUCUGAGUUUAACAUUACAAUACCUGACGAAACAGCAGAUAAUAUCAAAACAAUGCAAGAAGUAAUAGAUUAUUUGGUUCAGUUGAACAUUAAGAAGACCUAA